CACUUUUAUGCAUAUCAUAGAUUUUUCAGGGCUGUACCAAUGUUUUUGUCUGCUUCCAGAGCUACCUUGGGCAACAAAAGGAUUUACAGGAGGAAUUUCAUCUCUGCCAACCUUCCAUCAUGGCAGAAAAGGUUUCUAACUGGCAUAGCUAUCUUCAGGUGAUUCAGUCCCGUGAAUAUCAGAGAGUGCAGCAUUUUCAGAAGGCAGAAAACAUUUUGUUUAUUGUACUGGAAAGAGUCAAGACAAUGGAUUCUAGAUUUAUAGUGGAUUAUUCAAGAAACUUGGAAGCCUUGGAAUUUUCCCUCUCAGCUGCAGAAGAUAAAGUUACCAUGGAGGUUCCCUUACGUGUCAAUGCCGAGGUUCUCCUGAUGCAACCAUGUACAGAUGAACAAAGUAAUUCUGAUAAUGUUACUCAUAGGAAUUGCCAGAUGCCAGGACCAUGCUAUUUAAGGGUACCCAAGCAAGAAACCAGCCUAGAAAACUGGACCAAAGAAGAUGUGUUCAGUGCUGUGGAUGAUGCUGAUUCCGGGGGACAUAUUGUGCCAGGCAAAGUCCUUCAUCUCCUGAAAGAACUGAUAGUUGCUGCCAUUGUUCACUGCAAACUCCAGAAUCUUAUUAAGCCAGGUGAACUUAGUGCUGAGAGGCUAAAUGAGGACGGGAUGCAGCUGCCUUUGUUGGUGUCCAGUGACUGGAAAACUAUCUGCUUCAAUAUUAUUCCAGUAAUCAGGAGAAAGCAGGAUACUCUGAACAACUGGCAAGAAAGAGGUUUCCCAAAAGGCAGCCUGAGCAAAGUCACUCAAGAAGCUGUUUUCAUCCCUACCAGUUACCAUCACUGGAGCUACUCCACCAAUUGUCCCAUCUCGAAACUUGUUCAAACUGUAAGCACCCUAAAGGGAUAUCGCCUGGACAGUCUCUGCCUUCUUGAUCAAAUCAACCAUGAGUAUUGGAGAGAGAAAGGGAAGGAAAAAGGACUCACAUUUCAACAUUUGAAGAUGCUAUUGCUGUGGGCUACUCAUUUUUUCUCUUUUUCUGAAGACUGGCUGAGUCUGGAAGGAUCAGUAUAUCGUCUACUGGUGAUCUUACUCUGCUGCUUGGUGACCAAAGAUCUUCCCCAUUUUUUAUAUCCAGAGCAAAAUCUGUUCAAUAAUGAUAGUCUGGACCUAAGUGCUUUGUACCCCAAAGUGGAAAGCUUUGCCAUAAGUCCUAAGCAUUUCCUAAAGUUUAAUUUCAUCCAAAGAGAAGGCAAGACAUUCCAUCAGAAGGAUAAUGGUCUCAAAGCUUUACUUCAUCUCCCAGCUGAAAACAGAGACUACUGGGAUACUGCCUUUUUUGAUUUGCUGCUUAGCAAGUUUCAGGCAUAUCAGGUUAAAGACACACAACGGAUCUCUGCUAUGUCAAGCAUCUUAUCAAAGAUUAAGAAAAUGGUCCAUAACCAGAGUUGAAAAUUCUGUCUUUCCUGCCUGGAUGAACAUGCUUUAUAUUUAGCUUAUUUGUUGUGAUCAAGCAUCAUUUCUGAUACUGUUUGAGUUUCUUGCUCAAGAAAAUAAAGCACAUAUAGCAUAUCACUCUACAGUAUAUAAAGGUAGCACUUGUUGAAUUCAAUUUCGCUACUAAGAAUGAUGGUCCAAUUUGUAACUACUGUCUUUUAUACAGUAAGUAAAAUAUAUACAGUGGUCUUAAUUCUCUGUCUGCAUACUGUUUAUCAGAGAUUUAUAAUCUGGUGUCUUUCAAACUUUAGAAAGAAUGAACAGAACUCUUCCAAAAGUUGCUACCAGAUAAUAAUUGUGAAUGUGAUAGCAAUAAUUAUUAAAUGCAUACAGAGUAAUCCUAUUAAUCUAAUUAAUGUAACUUAAAAUUAAUAUCAUUUUUGUCCAGGUCUCUCACAGUUUUUCUUUCUGUUCCCCAUUCACCACUACAGAAUGGAGCUAGUAUACUCCGUGAUAGUAUGCUCCUAUAUUACAAGAAAAUAUUAAGAUAUUCUGAGUCUCUUUAGAAAAUGCCAAUGUUCAGAAUUAAUACAGAAAAAAAACAAUUUAAAAAGGAAGUGAAAUUGUAUUUAUAGCUUUUUCAGCGCUCAGGUAUAUGUGGACAGCACAGUAUGCUAUUGUUGCAGAUUUCCUCUGAUCCUUCGUUUCUGAAGGCUGAAAACCUGAUGAAAAACAUAUCUAGUGUAAGAACUUCUGGUCAUCUAUUGCCUUAGUAGGAAAUUCAGCAGUUCUUUGUUCACUGCAAAAUUUUACAAAGUAUUAAGACAACUCCCAAAUGAAGUUCUGUGCCUGGGUAUCUCUGAUGAUUGGUAGUACAUCUAUGAAUUAAAAACUGCACUUUUUGUGAACAUGUUUGUAUAAAUGUACAUAUGCAUACAUCUGUGAAAACCUGGAUGUUAAUCUGGAGCUAAAUCCUGUUUCCCAUGCAGCCCUUGGAGCCAAAAUGGCUGCCAUCUGUAUUGUAGAAUGUGGUCUUUUGUGAAGAGCAUACUUACAAAGCAAUGCUAGAUGCUAUAUAAUGUUAAUUAUAGCCAUAUAAUUAUCUGUAUUCUUUCCGCAUAGGAAGAAUUUAUGAAGUAACAAAAUCAUAGCAUAUCUUUUUGUAUGAUUGUACCUAAAGGUAUAUAUGUUUAUGGCGCUGCCAUGUAGUCACUGUUAUUUUUAAUUCCAUGUUAUGUAUGUUAAUUCAUAUAUGUGAGAAAAAUAAUAAUGUAAUACAAUUCUAUAUAAAAACUUGCUAUCU